AUGCUAUCGCGGAUGGCAUUUGACGUUUUGACGUUCUGUGUGCUGGUGAAUGCAGGCCCGUGGGUACAAAUGGAGAGACGGGACAAACGCUGCGCUGAAGGUAGGAGGGCGGUGGUCAUGACCGGGAUCUGUGGCGGACAAUUUCGUAAAAGUCCGUCCGUGUGGCACGCAACAGUAAUCUGCUUGGAGAACUCACCCCCGGCGGGCAAACAGUUCCCGGAUGACUACCUGUUGACAAUGGAGCAUCUGUGGACCCAGGCGCGGGAUACCGUCGGGGUUGAGUUCUUCACAGAAAUUACAUCGGUCAACGAAAAAGAUUUUAACCCCGUUGCCUUCGUAGCCGGCUUGAACUUGCGCGACCAACUACAGCACCCACAGCUACCCACGUGGCGGGAACAACACGAGCUAUGGAUCAAGAAGCAGCGCCGUCAGCUGCGCAAACAGUAUAAGUGGCCGCAAAAAUCAAAGCAUGCCUUUGAAGGUACUGAAAGAUCAAUUGACAGAUGGAACAAUAUUGAUAUCGAGAAGAUCGACAGCUAGAGAGGCGACUGUACAAACUAUACUUCCUCAUAAUUUCGAUGCCGGUCCCCGGGUAUUACACACGCAC